AUGGCAGAUGUGUCCUCUCAUAUCAUGUUGGUGGCAAUUAAGGUGACAUCUACCUUGGAAUUAACAUCAUCUCGGGUGAAGAAUUUGCCAACAAACUCGAGCCCACCAAAGCCAAGCACCCUAGAUCACAAGACUCUUGCAGGCGGCGUGCACGUCCCCUUCAUCAGAUGGUUUGGCACCAAAUGCGACUACAACACUAUGGUUGUUGACCUUCUCAAGCCUUCUCUUGAAGAUGUGUUCAACUUUUGCAACCAUAAGCUCAGCCUUCUCGCCUUUUGUCUGGUUUCUGGAUCCAUCCUGCAUUUGUUGUCCCUCUAA